GAUCACCGUGGCCAGUUUCGUCUCCUGCAUAUUUUACCCCAAGUUGAAAAAGACAAAAACAGAGAGCCAGCCUCCUUCUGCACACCUGCUCCCUGGGGAGGACCGAAGGGCCAGCUCUGUCCGUGGGAACCCGUCCCCCUCUGGACUUUCUCCUGCGGCUUUUCAGGCCACAGGUGCACAUGUGGAGGCCACACGCUGGGGGGAGGGGGCACCCAGGAUCCCCCAGCGGAUGUGAGAGAAGCCCGUAAGGGUGCCAGAUGGCAGGGCUGAGAGGGGCGGGAAGCCUGCGGAGGCAGGAGGGGGCCCGCUGCUCAGCCUGACGCCGCACACCUCCUCCAGCCAUGGUCGGGGCCAGACAGAAGCAGGUACUGACCCUCCUCCCCACCUGCCUCGCCCUGGCCUUCUCCCUCGUCGCGGUGGGCAGCAGCUACUGGUGCGAGGGGACCCGGAAGGUGGCAAAGCCUCUGUGCCUGGACCAGCCGGGUGGGCCGCACUGCAGUCACUUCAGCGGGGGCCACGACAGCGAUGGCAGGAGGGACACCGGGAGCCAGGUUGUCCAGUACAUUUGGGAGACGGGGGACGACAAGUUCAUCCAGUGCAGGUUCCACGUGGGGCUCUGGCAGUCCUGCGAGGAGAACCUUGGCGGCACAGGUGAAAAGUGUAGGAGUUUCCAGAGUAUAAUACCAGCUGAAGAACAAGGUGUUCUGUGGUUGUCCAUCGGGGCCGAGAUCCUGAAUAUCCUUCUGUUGUUGACAAGUGCCAUCCUCCUGGGGUCCAGAGUGAGUUCUCAUAGCUCUGUGUUCCACUGGCUCAAGGUGGACGCGUCUGUGGCCAUUCUCAUGGUUCUGGCAGGGCUCCUUGGUAUGGUGGCCCACAUGAUGUACACAACCAUUUUCCAAAUCACGGUGAACCUCGGACCAGAAGAUUGGAAGCCUCAGACGUGGGACUAUGGCUGGUCUUAUUGCCUCGCGUGGGGUUCCUUUGCCCUCUGCAUGGCUGUGUCGGUCAUGGCCAUGAACAGAUACACAGCAGCCCGCCUGGAGUUCAUAGAGAAGCAGAGGGUACAGAAGGGCAGUCGGCAUUCUCAACACAACUUCCCGGAACCCAAGGCUUCGGCAAGUGUUCAGGAAACAGAAGCUACUCCCAGCCCUGCUGGGCGUGCCCUCGUGAGUGAAUCUGAGCACCUGCUGCCCAGUGUGCCAGGCAAAGUGUCUAUGUGCUAGGCAGUGCUUGUGGCUACCAGAUCCGCACAGGCAGGCAAACCAGGCACUAGGGUCCACAGUAAACAUCUCGGGGGUGGACUUCAGAAGGCUGUGGUCCAGGUAAACCUUCUACCCACCAUCUUACCCUUUAUUAAACAACUUUGGCUUCAGGUACUGAUUCUUGGUAAAAUGCCAGCGUCUUCAAGUAAGAUUGCACUUACGGAAGGUAUCAACCAUUGACACUGUAGUAUAAAUCAGAACCUCAAGCUUUUCUGACAGUGUGUUUAAUAAGGGUAACCAAUAAAGAGGGAACAUGUGAGCCCUAAGGGUAAAAGAAUCUGAAGAAAGGGGAAAGCAAGGUUCUAACUACAAAGGGUAUGAAAAGUGUUACCCACAAGUUUGUUGACAGAGGAGUCCAGAAAAUGUUUCCCUUAAGGAACACACACAAAUUGAUAGUAUGUGUGACUAUCCCAUACUUUCUCUUUUAUUUUAAUGAAGAAGGCACAAAUUUAAAUGUAAAUAAUUCGUUUUGUGUUACUUUAAAUAUGUAUUUUCUUUGCAAUUUACUAAUUUCCACCUAGAGUAGAAUCCAUUUGGAAGGAUAACCAAAUGAUACAACAACAUGAGAACAGUCGAAUGAAAUGACAUCUUAUCACAAUUAAGUAGAACAAAUGUUGGAUCUGUUAUGCUUAAAUUACCAGGCACUUUUGUUUCUAAAAAUAAACAUUGCUAAAUGUGCAAGUUUUGUGUGAAGCAGUGGGGUUCUGCAUGUUUCCUGAUGUGUUCAGUUAUAAAAUUAUAUAAAUUUAUCUUGUAUUUUUAAGCUAACAUAUUACUGAGGCUCAUAAUUUGGGUUUUUGAAAAAAAAAUAAACUG